AUGUUAUCCUUCGUAUCACCUUCCUCUACUUCCUUUGGCCUCAACGUCCGCCCACACAACGGUGAAUUGGACAUCCUCACCUCACAAUCAGAGCAGGACGAAUACCAACAAAUCUACAAGCGCGAUGAAGAAAUAUAUGGCGACUGCGUCUACGACUCCCACAACUACGACGACUACGAAUCCGAGGAUGACUACAUGAUCGACACCGAGAAAGACUAUUUGCAUGACGUCCGCUUCGCCCCCACAUCAUCUCACAGGACCAACUCCUCCUCCUCGCUGACCAAUUGGCCCUUCAAACCUAUUCUGAUCAGCAAAAAGCGACCCAUCGAGACCAAAGUCAUCCAACCCCUCGUCGAUUCCCCCGAGAUAUCCGAAAUUCCGUCCGAAGUCCUGGAACUCGUCUGCGGCCACCUCAGUCAAACGACACUCCGGUCCGUCAAUCGAGUCUGUAGAGCGUGGUACAAGAUCUCUGAGCGCUUCGUUCGUCAUACCGGUAUCUGGAAGCCUAUCGAUGGGGCACUUCAAGUUCUCCUUGAGCGUUGGUCUAGGAUCGAUACCCUCGAAUUGUGGCUCAAUCAGGAUCCUCAGGAUCCAACGCAGACUAUCAAAACAACCGACCAAGAGUACUAUUGGGCCGCAUGCGUUGCGGCUAUCACGGGAUCUACCACAAGCGACCAGGACUCUCAAGGCGACGACGCCAACGCCGACAACGACAACGACAGCAACAACGACGACAACAGCGAGUCAAAUACAAAAGUGUCGUUACAACUCCACCGCACAAUUCGCCAUAUGAUGCUAAGAGGGCGAUUCCUAUCUUAUGAGGACCAUGUGUCCGUUUUCCGCGGCCACCUUCAGUUCAUUCAAUCUUUGACGAUCACGACACAAAAACGAGACGAUCCUAUCCCUCUCUUCACCCUCCUGGCAGAUUUCCCGGCCCUCAAAUCGUUCACUUUCUCUAUUCCAUCCACAGUUUUUACGAACCUGUGCCACGGCGACGACCAGGAUUCUAUUGAUAUACCGGCAGAUCUUAUCGACCCGUCCAAGAACUUCAUGGAGGAGUAUCGACUGGAGCGGUUCUGUAUCAGCGGUGUCGUUGUGCAUCGGAGGAUCCUUGAACGCUUGAUUGUCACCUGUCCAGAUCUCCGCGUCUUCAACGUCAAGGAUAUCAGCAUUCAGAUGAGUACUCCACAGGAGGACUUUUCUGAGGAAGCCGAAGCGAUUCGUGAAGUCGAGGAAAACAACUCCCGCCAGCGACUGGUUGAUCUGGUGGCCAAGCAUUGUCCCAAGAUGGAGUGGUAUAGUUUCCAUCGGACGGAGAGAAGCACGGACGAACACCACCUCAAGAUGGUUGCCAGCAAGUUUCAGGACCAAAAGAUGCACUCGAUGGUCUUUAAUGGCCAUCCAUACGUACUAGACACUUUGGCCAUCCAGGACCAGCUGUCGAAGAUGGCCGUCCUGCAGCUCCAGACGAGUGUUUGGGCAGCUCACCAUUCCGAGACGCUGGACAAAAUCCUCUGUACGGCCCCAAAACUCUUGCAUCUGCUCGGAUCCGAGGCGUACUUUGAUACCAACAGUCUCUGGCAGCCACCGGCACCCAUCAAGCCUAAGCAUCCCUUUACCACCCUCGGGGAUCUGAAGCGGCGCGAACGCAAGGAACAGCGACGGGCACAACGAGAGGCUCGGUCUCGCGGCCGUUAUUAUGUUCCUCCUGCGACCGAGACCCCCACCGUCGACACCUCAAUUCCAGUUACCUGGAAAGUCUACAACCUCAAGUCCUUCGAAAUGAACUUCAUCUCCGAAAGUUCCAUAGCCGACUUUACAGGCUACAUCAAUCGGUACCGGCUUUUCCGCAACCUGUCCAUGCUCAACCUCCAAAUCCCUUCGCUCAAGAUCGGGCAGCGCAUGAUCUUUCCCAACACCCGCGCCGGUGCUUUGGCCGCCGCUGCUGCUGCUGCCUCAUUUGGUAUCGAACUUCAACCGGGACAGCUUAUGCGGUACCCCAACGAGCUGCUUGCCCUGCGCUCCCUACGAUGUCUAGAGGAAUGUACCUUGCGCACCUCGGACGUCCCUGGCACAGUUGGCCCCAAGGACUUGUGGUUCCUGAAAAGAAGAGAGGACUUCCAGUCGGUCUCUUUCUUCCCCACCAGGGAGAAGAGGAGAAAGACCAAGAAGGCCAAACAUAGCAGCCCAAAAACAAAGACCACAACGACGACGACGACGACGACGACGACGGCUACUGAUGUUCCCGAAAAAGUGAUCGACCAAGGCGAGGAUGAAGAGGAAAAGGAGGAGGACGAGGAAGAGAAGAGAUGGAAGAACGAGACAUUCUGGCCGGUCCUGACUGUCUUCCAUAUCUACUAUGUCAGGAAAUCGCCCACUACCAUUACCAGUAACCUUGCUGAGGCGUUUGAGCGGUUCCGACCUGGUGUCGAGUUCCGCUUUCAAGGCCGCGCUGCUCUUUCGUAA